GGAUGGAUUCUGAAAAAUGGACAAUUAAAUUAAAUGGGACAAAAUCUCCUCUAGUUGGAAACACAAGAGGUAGUGAAAUAGAUGACCUUGAUAAAAUCGCUAACGAACUUGGCACUAGCAAAUCAAAUCUUCUGAACAAUGAUAUAAUAAAGGAUAUAUGUGUGAAACAAAUAAAAAUCUGGUAUGGGAAUUUAAUAGACGCAAUUCAAUUCUUUUACAAAAUAACAACAAAUGAUAAAACUUAUUCAAUUGAUGGUAAUAAGAAUGGGGGCACUGGCGGGAAGGAAACUAUAAUUAAUCUUGAAGAUGGAGAGUAUAUCGCAGCAAUUUCUGGAAAAUAUGAAGGUAAUAUCGAUGAAUUAAAUUUUAUAACAUAUAUACCUUCAAAGAAGCAAGUAAAACUCUUUACACAUUGUGGUAAACAUAAUACUACAUCAUUCGAUAUGUCACCAGCAGCUGGUGCGGUUUAUACCUGCUUUUUUGGAAAAUACACAGACAAAUCUGUAACUAGCAUUGGAAUGUAUGAGGGAAAAAUGCAUUCAAUUCUAGACCAGCGAUUUCAACUUCAACAGCUUUCUGGCAUAUUAUUCCCAAAUAAACCUUAUAAUUUUCUUGUUCUCAAACAAGAAAUCGCUCGUCUUAAAUAUCAGGAUCUGGCACCACAAGUAAGAAACGAAAAAAUCAAAUUUGAGGAAUUAACUACAAAUAUCAAGACCAAAGCCGGUCACCUAGAAAAAGUAAUUGACUUGUUGUUAGAAACUCAAAAACAAGCUAUCAAAAAUAAUGAUCAAUUAAUCCAGGGUCAAUUAAUUGCUUACAAAAAUAUCCUUGAAGGUAGCUUAACUAAAGAGGAAUUACAAAUUCUCCUUGCUAAGCAAACGGAACUUUAUCAGUUGGAAGAUCAAUUGGCUAAUUUGCAAAUUGACUUGCCAUCAAAAUCAUAG